AUGACCAACUCCCUCUCUGCCGCUACCUGCGCCAUCUACGCAGUCCUCGCCAUCCCAAUCCUCUACCUCCUCGUACGACACGGUCGCUACGGUCUUCUGGGAUGGCUCUUCCUCUUCUUCUUUUGCACCAUCCGCAUCAUCGGCGGCGCGCUGGCCGUCAACAACCCCAGUACAGCCGCUACCAUCAUCUCCAGCGUCGGUCUUUCUCCUCUCCUCCUCGCAACAGCCGGUAUCCUACACGAGGCCCGACACUAUCGCAUCCAACCCCUCGACAAGAAAAUGGAAUGGGUCUCCGUCCUCGCCUACCACAUGCUCGUCGUCGCAGGCGUGGCCCUCACAGCAGCCGGCUCCGCAAAGCUCCAAGAACACGAACAACCCCUCGACAAGGCCGAGAAGAUCGCCAAGGCGGGUAUUGCCAUUCUGGCAGUCGCGUGGGGGAUCCUGGUUGCCUGGACUGUGUUCUCGUUUGUUGCGAGCCGGGGACGGAAUUCCUCGCUUACGAGGGCGGGGACUGUCCUACUUAUAACCGUCGACUUCUCGCUCGUCUUCAUCGGUAUCCGAGUCUUCUAUAGUCUUGCUGCGCUGUGCACGCAGAAGGCGUCGCUUAAUCCUAUCACGGGGUCCCUGGCUAUUCGCGUGGUGCUGGGAUUCCUGCCGGAGGUGAUUGCCACGCUGGCGUAUAUUUUUGCGGGGGUCAGGACACAGGGUGCGGCGUUGUUGGCGCAUGUUGAGGAGGAGGAGAUGGUUCCCGCUCCGCCGAAGCCGAGGGCUCAGCCUUGGGUUUAG